AUGUCUUGCUUGGUCUCAUCAACUUGCUCACUCGUCCCCUUCGACUCGACUCUGACUCGGUCUAAUCGUUCCAGCAAAUUAGGCUCUUCACUUUCAUGGCAGUCUUCAUUUCCCAAACUCUCCAUCGGAAUCGGCCCGGUUCUCUCAUCUCCCAUUGUCAAAAAGGAAUCUUUCGUGCAAGCUGCGUGGACUCGAAGAUCACGCGGUGAAGCAGCGAAAAGACCCAACAGGAAGUCAUGGAAGCAGAGAACAGACAUGUACAUGAGACCUUUCCUGCUCAAUGUCUUCUUCUCCAGGAAGUUCAUACACGCCAAAGUGAUGCAUAGGCCAACAAGCAAAGUCAUCUCGGUUGCCACCACAAACGCUAGAGAUAUAAGGACAAACAUACCGUCUCUUGUCGACAACGAAGCGUGCAGACUCAUCGGUAAGCUCAUAGCUGAGCGUUCAAAAGAAGCAGACGUCUACGCCGUGUCUUAUGAGCCAAGAAAGGGAGAAAGAAUCGAAGGAAAGCUAGGGAUUGUGAUCGAUACGAUUAAGGAACACGGCAUUGUUUUUGUACCUUGA